AUGUAUGAAGAGCUUGUACGAUUCGUCAGAGAUGAAUGUGCCAGAAGAUCUCAGUUAUCUGAUCUUCAGGGGCAGAUUCCAUCCGCUGUUUUAAAAGGAUUAAAAACAAAGAUCAAUGAAGAAGACCAGUUGAACGUAAUCAAACAAGAUGCUGUUUGUAAAAGAAUAUAUGAUCUGGAAUCGGAAUGGAGAAAGAGCAAGAUCAAAGAGAUCACUGAACUGAUCGGUGACAUACCAAAGUACUCAAUUGGUACUCAGAUUCAAGAUACUGAUUCUGGUAUAUCUAUAGACAAGCUCGUCGAGGAUGUUAGUAAAUUGCCUAACAUGGGAAUGUUCAAUCCUGGCGCCGAUGAAGCGGACAAAAGCUCUAAAGUACUUACCGAAUACACCAACCUGCGAGAAGAUCUAAUCGAAAAGUGUCAGGCAAUUACGCUAGGCAAGCAGACUGUGCUAGAUUUAGAAAAUCAAGCUCGUAUGAUCAGAUACUUAAUAAACUCAACAGUAGAAGAGAAUUCAGAAUAUUUUGAAACUUACCAUAGUAAGGUCUCGAGCAGUCUCGAAGAACUGAGAUUAUUCCUCGAAGAAGCGAUCAAAUCAUCGGAUUCUCAGCCAGAGAAAAGACUUAAACUACGAAAAGUACUAGAUAAUUUUUGA